UAUGAAUACAUCUUAAUGUUUUCAACUUUUGUUUUGCUUGAAAUACCAUCUAGGGACUUCUGUUUGAACUGUCUGUGGAGUCGGACGUGUUUUCUCCGUCUUCACAUCCUGUAUUAUACUGUUUAAGAACUUUCUCAAUACAAUUCUGUGUAGUUUUAAGUCAGUGAGAUAUAAAUCUCACGAGUCUAGUUAAUGGUGUUAGAUAAAUAUUAAAUAUUAAGUGUUGCUGUGAAUAUAGUCGUACUAUUGACAAGAUAUUUGAAAACAAUAUAAGUGCAUUAACUAUAUCAAUUUAUUUCAAACUGUGGAGGGAAUAUCAUAUCUAACGAAAAUUCGUCCUGUUAAAUUUAUUCAAUUUCAAUCAACUAUAAACUGCUCUAAGAAGGCCUAUUGGCCUCAAAUCAACAAGCUGAGUCACCAUGGACAUUGUUUUUGGAGUAAGCAGAUACCCAAAGGCAAAAUGGAGCAGGGACCUAACGAGGAUGCGGAUAAUCCUUUGGUCAGUGCUAAAACGGGCUCUCGCUUGACCAUCAUUCCAAAGGGCCGUGGCAAACUGUUACCCCGUGGAAUAUUUACCGAACAACACCCUGGUAGCUUAAAUUCAACUGUUGAUCGCCUCCGAUCACACCUUACAUCAGGUUUAUCCGCCAUUGCAUCAACAUCACAAGGGGCUGGUACAACCGGUGCAGCAGGGGGUCCUGCUCUGACACCACAGAAGAGAACAAGAGAGACGGCUUCUAUGUCCUCACCAUCACCAAAUAACCAAAUUAAUACAUCACAGGAAAAACAAAUUAAUAAACGUCAUCAAACGGAGGGUGCCUCUUCAGUUUUCCCCUAUAAUUACACCUCCAAAUCCCCUACCUUUAAUAAGAUUUUGCCUGAAAUAGCUGAUAAAAUCGCUAACAAACACAACGCAACUCCGAAAACAAAUCUUGAGUGGCAUAGAGAAACGGAUUUGAGUUCUGUUAAUAAGUAUCAACAAUUCUCGAUGGGUCCAUUUGUCGUUCUAGUAGAAAGUACUCUUCCUGGCAAGAAUAUUGGGAAAAUGGAUCCCUUUGCAGUUUCCGAUAUCAUCGCACCAAUUGUCCCUAUUGAGAGUAGGAAAAUUUAUCGUAGUGGUUCCAACCAAUUAAAGAUUUUUUGUACCGAAUACACUGACGCGAAUAGACUUGUUGAGUCUUCGGAACUAAAACGUCAAGGAAUUUUUAUUUACAUACCGGACUCGUUCAUUAGAAAGAAGGGGUUCACAAAUGCUUUUCCUCCCGAUCGCACAAUAGAAAGAAUAGUCGAAGGUCUGGAUCCGGAUGAUAGGAAUUCAAUUCGCUCUAUUAGACGCUGUUUUAAUGAGGAUCACUCUCUUUCCUCUCGCGUAGAGUUUAUUUUUGACAGCAUUGUCAUUCCUAGAAAUAUUGAAAUUGAAGGCUUUUCUAUUCCAAUUACACCUGUUGUUCCAAAACCAUCACGAUGUUUUCGUUGUCAGAGGCACUGUCAUGUUUUGGCCCAAUGUCGAUCUUCUAGACCUUAUUGUGAAUAUUGCUCUGAGGCUCACCAAACUACCUAUUGCCCUAACCUUAAUCGGGAAAGAUUAUGUAAAAAUUGCAAGGGUAAGCAUGUUGCCUCUUCCGCUGAUUGCCCUAUUUAUAUCCGGGAAUUUGAAAUAUCUAAACUACGCUAUGUUGCAAACUUGAAUAGGGAGGACGCUAUAUCAUUCCUUAUAAGGAAAUCACCGGAUCUGUUUCAACAUCAAUCAGGCGAACAGGGUUCUCCUAAUCGAAAUCAACCUGGAAACAGUAUUAACAAAGCAGCUAAUAAUAACGAUAGAGAAAAUAGGGUUCAACCUCUAACCUUACCUGAAAUAACUCCCGGUAGUGAUUCUAAUCCAAAAAACUUUUCGGAGCAUGACUCAACACAAACUAAUAAUAACAAUAAUCCAUUUCCAGGUCUCACCACUGAUAAUAAUGGGAAAGAUCCUAAGAAUUCGGAGCCUUCUGAUAGUCUCGCGAAUAGCAUUGAGAGUCUUUCAUCUUUACCCUCAGAAUUAUCACACUUAGCUGUUGGAGUUUCAACUCCAUAUCUUCAACGAACCCUUUUAUCGCAGUCACAAAUUGAUGCCUUCGGUUUAAUGACGGAUCCUCCAUCUGAACAAAUUGAUGCUCCCCCGGCAGGAUUUGCUGCGCAGUCUCGGAAUGACCCUGUUACGGAAACUUUUGCUGGACUAAAUUUGAGUCUUCACAAGUUGAUGGAUCAGACCAAUCCCGAUGAUAAGGGGAAAAGUCACAAUGUCGAUUAAAUGUAUCUUUUCAGAUCUCCCUUUACAUCUAAUCGUUUUGAAUAU